GAAAUAAUUGGGGUUUUAUUUUUAGAGUGGUGGAGGAAGAGGGGUUCUGAAAUUCCACUCAUUUCCUCUUGGUUAUGAUCUGGUGGCGUUUCGUCGUAGCAAUAAAAAAUAGUGCGAGGCAGACUGUACAGUCUGGUAUUGGAGGGCUAAGGAGAUAGUCUCUAGAGAGGGAAAGCUACAGAGAGAUGGAGGAUCGCAACGAGAACGGUGAAACCAAUGAGGAGUCGUUAGGUUCGAGUCUGACCAUGGAGAAGGUUGCUGCGGCCAAGAAGUUCAUCGAGAACCACUAUAGGGCGCAGAUGAAGAACAUCCAAGAGCGAAAGGAGAGGCGGUGGGUGUUAGAAAGGAAAUUAGCUUCUUCAGAUGUCCCUCAAGAGGAACAAAUUAAUCUGAUCAAGGAUUUGGAACGGAAAGAGACAGAGUUUAUGCGACUUAAGAGGCACAAGAUUUGCGUCGACGACUUUGAACUUCUAACCAUUAUUGGAAGAGGAGCUUUUGGAGAGGUUAGACUAUGUCGGGAGAAAUCCUCGGGCAAUAUUUAUGCUAUGAAAAAAUUGAAGAAAUCAGAAAUGCUUAGUAGGGGCCAGGUGGAACAUGUUAGAGCUGAAAGGAACUUGCUUGCAGAAGUUGCCAGCCACUGCAUUGUGAAGCUCUACUAUUCAUUUCAAGAUGCUGAUUACCUGUAUCUAAUAAUGGAAUAUCUGCCUGGUGGUGACAUGAUGACUUUGCUGAUGAGAGAAGACACUUUAACUGAAAGUGUGGCUAGAUUUUACAUUGCCCAAAGUGUCCUGGCUAUAGAGUCCAUUCAUAAACAUAACUAUAUUCAUAGAGAUAUCAAACCUGACAACCUUCUACUGGACAAAAAUGGUCACAUGAAGCUCUCUGAUUUUGGUCUUUGCAAGCCUCUUGACUGCAGAGCACUGUCUACUCUAGAUGAAAAUGAACCUAUGGCUGAUGAGAAUAUGAGAGAAUCGAUGGAGAUAGAUGGAUGCUUCCCAGAUGCAGAUAAUGGCAGCAAAUGGAAAAGCCCCCGCGAGCAACUACAGCAUUGGCAGAUGAACAGGCGGAAACUGGCAUUUUCAACAGUUGGCACACCAGACUAUAUUGCUCCCGAAGUACUGUUGAAGAAAGGCUAUGGAAUGGAGUGUGAUUGGUGGUCACUAGGUGCAAUAAUGUAUGAGAUGCUUGUUGGUUAUCCUCCAUUUUAUGCUGAUGACCCAAUAACCACUUGCAGGAAGAUUGUGCACUGGAGAAAUCACUUAAAAUUUCCAGAUGAGGCAAGGUUGUCACCAGAGGCAAAGGAUCUUAUUUGUAGGUUACUAUGUGAUGUUGAACAUAGGCUAGGUACAGGAGGGCCUGACCAAAUAAAAGCUCAUCCUUGGUUCAAAGAUGUCGUAUGGGACAAACUCUAUGAAAUGGAUGCAGCAUUUAAACCAGAGAUCAAUGGGGAACUUGACACACAAAAUUUCAUGAAGUUUGAUGAAGUGGAUCCUCCACCACCGGCAAGAACUAGUUCUGGACCCUCUCGUAAGAUGCUAUUAACUCCUAAAGAUUUGAGUUUUGUUGGCUAUACAUACAAGAACUUCGACGCUCUCAAAGGCCUACAUCAAUCUCUAGAUAUGAGGAGAUUUAGACCACCAAAACCGGGAUCUAAUGAUUCUAGCAUCAGUGAUUCCGUAGUUGACUACUCUUCAAAGCUGACAUCAGACGAAACAGAAAAAGAGAUGCUUACUCCAUCAAGUGAUGCCAUGUCACCAUAAAGCAGUACUGAGAAUUUACCUUGUAAAGUUUUUGUUGUAACAGAUGAAGCCCGCUCGAUGGAUGGAUGGUGGAGAUGCCUGCUUAUUUCAGUCAGGUUUUGCCUAAAUGUGCGCACACACCGACUACCACUCAUUUUGCAGAACUGCCAUCCAAGUGUACAGUAGUAUUUAAGGAACCUUAUUAAAAUCUGUGGAUUGGUUGAGUAAUUAUGGUAGUCUCAGCAGUAAUGGUGGUUACAUAACAAAUGAUUUUGCAUUUGAAUGGCGAGAUGUGAUAUUUAUCUCCUGGCUGCCCAGGUUGGCAGACAAAAACAUGCCUUCUCUUGUGGCAGUUUCUGGUUUGUAUUUUGUUUUUUCCUUUAAACUUUUCUGACAGCUUAGGAAGUUGAAGCAAUAGAUUGGUGUUUAAUGAUACAAAUAAUUGAUACUUACUGUGUGUUAAUUAAAAGCCAGAGCUUGGGUGGGAAAGUGUUAUUUCUCAAAAUCGAGACGAUCUAUA